AUGGCGGAUGAAGAGGAGAGAAUUAGGCGAUGUGUCCGAGAGGAGUUAGAGCUAAAUCUUGUCUCCAGAACUAGAAAUUUAAUUCAUUCGGCGGCUUCGAGUUCUGUACCUGAAUUGAAUAAUGUUUUUGCGGGCCAAACUGCACAAAGGAGCUCUUUUGGGCCGUCAUCUCGACCGACUGUAAAAGACGAAAUAUUCCGGGCCAUUAGAAUAGGCCAAAGAAGACGAAACAAGAAAAGACGAAGCCAGUCCAGUCAAUUCCCAAGACUGUCUGGCUUUUGGAGAGACCAGAUGACGAUGUUGAGAUAACAGACGAUGGAAGUUAUAGUGAUUAUGCUAUAACUGAGGAUUGCAUCUUAUUAAAGGCUGAAAUUGACCUGAAGAGUGACCAAACCGAAGAGGCCAUCAGAGGGGAACUAAAGACUGUUUUUAACAAACGAUAUCCUGACAUUGGUCUGUAUGAUUUUGAGUUUGUGAAGAGGGAACGCAACGUAAUUAUCACUCCAAUAGUGAAAGACAAUCAUGCAUGGGAUUUUAGUCAUGUCAAGCAUUUAUGUGGAAACGGAAGACUGUAUGUUAGAUUGAUAACUCAUAACGUUGAUGAAGUUUCUGGCAAAGCUCGUGACAAGUGCCAGGAGGAAACUGCGCCAGCAACCGCCAGCAAUGUUGAUUUGUGUAAUGCCUCAAGCGGUGCUACCUUAGAGCCUGUUGAUGAAACCUCUGAAUCUUCAGCUCAACCUCCAUGCUCUAUUGAUGAUGACGAUCAUGAUGAUUUGUUAAGACCCUCUGGUGCUAUCAACUCAAUGCUGGAUCAAGAAAGAGUGGAAAACCUAUCGAUGAUGUUCCCUAGAAUUCCUCAUGAUGUUAUAAGAAAUGCAGUGGUAACCUGCACAUCCAUAAAUACUGCUGUCAAUGUGUUGUUGCAAUAUGGAAAUUUUGAUCAUGAUAUUAACCCCAGUACCAGCAGUGAUGAUAACAGUAACAUUGUAACCCAAGAAAACCCACCACAUUCGUCAGGGAGUCUUCCUUUUGUAUUACAAAAGUUAAGAAGGAAAAUGAAAUCAAGGGGGAUGCGAGAGAAGUUAAAAGUUGACCCAGAGGAUGAAGUAAUGGAUGUAUAUAGUUAUUACAAGAGUUCAGAUUUUGACCCAUUUAUCCCUAUCUUCAUUUACUUAAAGGGACAACCAGCCAUUGAUACUGGUGGGGUUUUGCGUCAGGUUUUUAGCAAUGUUUUCCAUGCACUGGCCAACAAUGAAGUAAUCAAGAACAUAUUUGUUGGAAGUGAAGAUAGACUACUUCCUGCUUUCAGUAAUGAACUAGUUGUUAAUGGGUUUUUUGAAACUCUGGGUAAAAUGAUUGCACACAGCCUUGUGCAGGGAGGACCAGGUUUUCCUUACCUCUCCCCAACGAUCUACUGGUACUUGGCGACUGGUGACCUUCAAGUUGCUUUGCAGAGGGCCUCAUGUGUAGAUGUUGAUAACCAUGAUCUUGUUGAUUAUAUCACAAGGGUAUGUGUUUGAUUUCAUAAAAAUCCUCAGUACAUUGAACUAGACUUUUUCGUGCCUUGACUUGUACACAAAAAUGAGUUCCCCAUAUAAUAAUAUGUAUUGAAAAACUACUAUCUAUUGAAUUAAAAAGAAUUAUUUUUAUUAACCAGAAAGGUGUGCUUUAAAAGUGUUCAGAAAAGCUAUUUCAAUAUUUUUAUAGCUUCAUCUGACAAUGUAUUGUACAUGCUCAAGGAUGUCACAGGAAAAAAAUAUUGUUUUGCUAAUGGUGGCCCAACAUAAGGCUACUAGAAGCCUCUUGUAUCUAAAAAUGGGGAAAAUAGCAUUGAAUCCAUUGUAAUCAUUCCAAUAGGCUAACAUAUAAAAAUACAGUAGAACCUCGGUUUCCCAAAACACCCAAGAAUAAUAUUAUUCAAACCAAAACAGAUUUCCCUAUUAAUACAGUGUAAUUUUACCCCUGAUUUUUGUAACCUCCCAAUAACUGAAAUCCAGGAGGUUUGAAAAAUUGGGAUUCCACUGUAUGUGACUGUGACCUUAAUUUUUCAUUGAUCUUCAGAUCACUCUUGCACCAGACAAUGAACUGCCUGGUAUCUCAGCAGAGUCUGGUUUCCUGCAGUUGAUGUCAGAGGCUGGAGAGAGUAGAAUACUCAGUGUAAGUGAGAAACCUAAGCUCAUUAGGUGUUAAAAAGAAAAUAUAUAUGAAUGACUAUUUCAAGUUGUAGUUUUAAAUUAUUUUGCUUGGCUGAAAACAGUUGAAAGUACAAGAGUGUUUAUUGAACAGAGAUUAUCAGAAACAAAAAUAACUCCUUCACAGGGGAUCAUCAAAAAACAUUAAUGGACCCUAGUAACUGUUGCAAUGAAACCUCAUGCAGCUGAUAUGAGUGUUAAAUAUUAACAACUUUCCUAGUUGAAUUUUACCAUCCCUAUAAUGGAAUGCAAUUUUUCACUUGAAGGCUUAUAGCAUUAAGAAUGAUGUUGAUGCCGACAGGUUGAACCCAUGGAGACCUAAGGUCUAAUUUCUCAUCUUCGUCAUUAAUUUGGUUUGUUUCAAAUUUGUAGCCUAAGAACAAGAUUGAUGUUAUGCAGUCUCUUAUGCUGCAUAAUAUUCUGGUGAGAAAAAAGUCCAUUUUGGAUCAGUUCAGAGGAGGAUUAUCAAUCCUAGGCCUAUUGGAUGAGAUCAAAAGUUGUCCACAGUUGUUUGAAGAUUGUUUUGUUCAUAAAGAUGAAGUAAGCAAUGAGUCAGUGGCUAGUUGUCUACAUUUUACUGCCAAUGAGGAUGAAGGCGCAGAGAGAGUGUUUCAGAUGCUUCAAACAUUCAUCCGAAAUAGCAGUCCAGAUGAUCUUGACAACUUCCUCAGGUUUGUGACUGGUUCAAGAUCCUCAGGGACAUGUAUCCUACCAAGACGCAUCACAGUAUCUUGUGCAGCUGCAAAUAGCAUAUUUGCAUCAACCUGCCUUCUUGAUCUCAAACUGCCAAACCAUUUUGACAGCUAUAGAGAUUUUGAAAGCUCAAUGAGGUCGGUAAUUAAGGGAAACACAUUCACCACUGGUUGA